AUGAAGUACUUGCUGACGGAAAAUAUUGUUGGUACAUCACCAACCAUACCAAGAGUAGUCGGGACUCAAAAACAUCGAGAAAAUUAUGCCAUACUCAAUAAUGACCAUGUCUCUUACUACAGACAAUCAUUAUAUUAUCCAUAUUUAGAUGAUAUUUUAGCAUCAUUUAAUGAACGUUUUAAAAUGAACUCUAAUAUUUUUAUUUCUUUAUCUUCUUUAUUACCAAGCAAAAUUGGUAAUUUAUCAUUUAGUGAUAUACAGCCAGCUAUUGAUUUUUAUGAAGAAGAUUUAAGAUCUAAUAACCAAAACAUUCACAUGGACUUAUUAAAAAAUGAAUUUGAAUUUUGGAAGCAAAAAUGGUCUAAUGAAGAAAAUAAUUUACCAAAAAAUGCAUUAGACACAUUAUCAAAAUGCCCCGAAGAUUUAUUCCCACAUAUAAAUAUUUUAUUAAAACUUCUUGCUAUUUUGCCUGUAUCAACGGCAUCGGUUGAAAGAAGUUUUUCUUCUUUAAAAAGAAUCAAGACCUAUUUAAGAAACUCUACCGGUGAGGCAAGAUUAAACGGAUUAGCUCUUAUGAAUAUCCACAGAGACAUACAAAUUGACACAGAUGCUAUUUUAAAUAUGUUUGCGUCUAAAAAGGAAAGGCGUUUAGAUUUUAAAUUGUGACAAUUUAAUAAUGAAUGCAUAAUACAUUAAAAACUAUGUGUAUAUAUUA